AUGUCAAAAUAUCGCGAUCAUGUGCAGUUGAUGGAUGCCGUGUACAGUUAGAAGCCAGGAAUUAAGUCACAUAGAAAGAAAAAUGACCAAGGAAAGAGCAACAGAAAUCACGAGUAUAAUAAUUAGUUUGAAGAUCUCAACAGUCCAAUCCAGUUUGAGAAUUUUACUGACAGUUAGAAAGAAUUAUUUAUGCAGACAGGUGACUACAGCUAGAUUUAAGCACAGUAAUAAUAAUAUAUUCAGUUGCAGCAAAUGCAAUAGCAAUAAUAGAUGUAAUUACAAGAGAGAUAGUAGAUUACUAAGCUACCAAGAGAUUUGAAAAAUAAUAGAGCGAACUAAUUCCAACAUUAAUAGGAAAACAUUCAAAGAUUUGAUAUAGAUUUGAAUACUGAAAAUAUCAUGCUACCGAGUAUAAAGGAAAACAAUCAAAGCAGAGGCACUUAGAACAGCCAAAAUAAUAGUUCAAACUAUUCAUACAAGCAAAGUAAAAAUCUCAGAUAAUUGAUAAUCGAGAGGGAUGCUGGCUAGGUUAAUAACAUCAAGCUAGGUGGGCAUCGAGCUGUUAUAAACUAAAAGAGACACAAGUAUCAUAAGUCUUCCUAUGCCUAUGACGAUUAGUCUCAAAAUCCAAAAUUUAAGAAAGCUUAAUGGAGUCCAAGAUCUACUCAGAAUAAAGUGUUUUUUGAAUAGCAGUAGGAAGCUAUGCAAUAAAUUCUUUAGUAAUAAAAUGAAAUACCACACAACUAGUUUAAACCUGACCCUUAUUUUAGUCCAAUUAAGAGCAAACGAACCCAAAAUUUGAGUCAAAGUUUUAAUUUUGACAACUAAAAGCAAUUCUAGAAAUCAGAUAUGGAGUCAUUCACUUAGCUCAGUCAAAAUUAGCAACCAGCUGGAUUUUUUAUUGUAGCUGAUCCAUAAUCUGGUUUCACUAAGAGGUAAAACAGUAUCAUUCUCGAGUAAUAGAAGAGGUAGAGAUAAAUAUUGACUAAAAAUACAGGAUAUGGAACUGCGUUUGAAUAAAGAUAGAAAGAAUACUGCAGUGAUCUGUAUCAAAGCUUCAAGACCUAAACUAGUCCUACUGAUCAAUAUCUCGCAAAUCAAAUAAAUCAAACUAUGAACACGACAAUAAACUAGAGUUCAUAAAAUUCUAAAACAAACCUUACUUCACUGAGAUAAACUUUCAAUAACUCUAAAAAUUUUAAUAAUCCAAAAAAGUCAUAUUAUAGUCAUCACCAAUCUCAUAAUCACCAUCAUUAGUUGGCCUAAACUACUUAAAACACACCUUAAAAGACAGGAUUAGUGAAUUUAAAGCAUUAGUAGUAGCCAUUAUAGUUGCAGCCGAAAUAAAAUGUCAAUCGAAAUGCCAGUAAAUAAUUUCAAACAGAUAAAAUUUAAGACAAGAAAGCUAAAAAAGAGUAUAUAGAUUAUAUUGAUAAACUUAGAAAUGAAAACAUGACUUAAGUAAAUUUACCGUCAAGCACUACUAUUGAUAAACCCUAAUUGCUCCGUAACAAAUAAAUGAGCCCAACCUAAAGUAAUAAAAAAGAAUAAAAUGAAGAGCCGAAAAAGAAAGUCAACAUUAAUAUUAACAGCAGUAGAUUAAUGAAGAAUGAGUUGAAUCUAAAAGAUCAGAAGAAGUAGCUGAAAUAAACCUUUGGCCUUGAUAUAGAAUAGUCCAGUCCAAAAGAUGAUAAGAAAAGAUCAAAAUCACCCAAAAACAGAUACAAAUUUUUCAAGUCAAGUGAUAAGGAUAAAUUUUUCCCUUAUGAUUAAGAGUAAUCUAUUGUACCAAAGCCAAAGUUCAUUGGAAGAGUUAGCAGUAGAUUAAAAUAGUUAUACGAAAAGAAAGAUGACUAAGAUAGAAGUAUGCUUUCAAGAGGUAAAGUUUUAGCAAAAUCAUCUCGAAAACUUAUUGAUGAGUCAAGACUUUCACCAAAACAACUAAAGAAAUAUAAAUAAGAUUAGGCGAUGGAUAGAUUAGCAUUUCCAGAUAAGCCUUGCAGGUCAAGCUGUAGUACUGUGCAUAAUCAUAAAUGGCAGGAGAGAUCGUUGCAGCAUAAGAGAACUUAUUCAACCAUUAAAAUAGCUUUAAAACCAAUAUAGGUAGAAAGACCACGAAGUGCAGAGACUACACUUAAAGAUAAGUAAAAGUAUAUGUUAUCAAUAGAUUGGGAAAAAUCUGAACUAUUUAAGAAUAUUUAAGAAGGCAAAGAAGAUUCCAACAAUAAUCAUGAUCUAGAUAUUUAUAAAGAGAUAGAAGUGAAUUAUAUGCAGAGUAUUUUGAAAAAGAAGAAGCACGAUAAUGACAUUUUACCUCCAGAGGAAGUGUAAAAAAUAUUUGAGAAAGCAAUGAGGACCUUAAAGUACUACAUGGAUGAGCUCAUGCUAACUAAAUCAUAUGAGGUGAUUGAAUCAUAAUAUUAAACCUAAGAAAUAAAGUAGAGCAUUGAUAAUUGUAUCAAAGUGCUACUGAGAUGCAAGAAAAUAUUUGAAGUGCGUUCAGAUAUUAUCAGAAUCUUGAAAAGCAUAGGAAGGAGAGACAAAAUAAAAUCUCAGAUUAAAAGAUUGAUUUCAGAUGUGGAUUAAGUGAAGAGUUAGUAUGAGAAUUUAAUAAUAAUAUCAAGCAGAAUGUACAGUGAUAUCAAAAUGAUUUAAACUGAGCAUAGAAAUUUUAGAAGACCAUUCAUAUUUAACAUGCAAGAAUAGACGGACUAUUUGAAAAAAGACUGCCACUAUGUAAAGAAAACGAUAGAGGAAUGCCAUGAAAUAGAACUAAAAUUAUAUUUAAACGACGAGGGUCGUAUGCAAAAUAUAGAUGAUUUAUUAUUAUAAUAAGAGGAGUGA